AUGAGUACAUCAGCGACAAGAAAGCGACGGAAGCACGCAAGACACCGAAGGCCAUCUUCGGAAGAUCAAGACGAAGCAAUUCGCCAAGCAGAUUCGCCGAAAUAUUCUGAUCCCAGAAAGCAGCGGCAAUCAAGAAAACGUCGGAAGGCUGCUCGCAGACAACGGAAAUCACGACAGCAGCAGCAGGUGAGCGGCGAUUUCGAUGUUGAUAAGACUGAUGAAAUAAUUAAAAGCAACAAGCAUGCGAAAAAAGCUCCAACCAGCUUAAGCGAGACAGAAGAAAUGCAACAGAGCGGUAAAAUUGCGCAGAAAAAUGAAAGAUUUAAAAAAAAGAGUCGGAAAAGAGCAAGUGGCAAAAACACUGAGGAAGAAGCAACACCUUUUGUGGAAAUGAGGAAGAUGAAUGAAGAUAGCUUAAAGAAAACACCCGGGCUGAAGAAACUGAAGAAAACGCGAAGACAUCCACAAACCAAGGAACAAAUGGAAGGAAUAAACAAUCCAGUCGCUGAUGGAAUCUCUUCGGCUUCGGAGAAAACAUUGAAUGGCCCAGUAGUUGGCAGCACAGGCUCAGAUGCUUGUAGAACCGAAAACGGAGAUUCAAAAAACAGCAGUACAACUGGUACCAGCAGCAGUAGAACUACGGAAACAGCAGAAAAGAAGGACGAAGAAGAGAAAACA